AACAACAACAUUAACAGUGUACGAAGGUGUGACGACCAGGCAGCAAAGUUUCCCAGCGUCGACCGAGCCAACUGUGAAACGACACCGAACCACCUCUCACCUGUCCGGUAGACAGGCCGUCUCGAUGCAUUUCAGAGGACCGAAAACACCGCGGGGAUCAUGGAUGUGCACGAAUUGUUUAGCAGUUGCAAAAAGGGCGACAUUUGUAGAGUCAGAUACCUUGUUGAACAAAGAGAUGUGGACCUCAAUGUAAGAGACAAAUGGGACAGCACCCCUUUGUAUUACGCUUGUCUCUGUGGCCAUGAGGAGCUGGUCGAGUACCUGUUGGCUAGUGGUGCAAAGUGUGAGGCCAACACGUUUGAUGCCGAGAGGUGUUUGUACGGCUCUCUGAGUGACUCUGUACGACGCCUGCUCAAAGACUAUAAGUGUGUCAGUGUCCACGCCAUGCAGCAGGAAGAUUUUAACUACUUUCUGCACAUGUUACUGGAGCAGGGUCAGUACAGCGACGUGAAGUUCUUGGUUCACGGACAAAUAUUUACAGCCCACCGCUGUGUUCUCAGCGCACGCUCCGAGUACUUCACUCAUAUGUUUGAGACCAAAUGGAAAGGGAAGAACCUGAUCACCCUGAAACACCCUUUGGUCAACCCUGCAGCCUUUGGAGCCAUCCUGCAGUACUUCUACACAGGACGAAUGGAUAUUGACAUUAGCCUCGUGGAGGACUCCAGGCGACUUGCUAAACAGUGCAAAAUGGCAGAUCUCAUGGAGGAGCUGGAGAAUACAUGUAAACAGGUGUAUGAAUUUGUUUCCAACAAGCCAGGAAUCUGUGUGAAGGUUCUCAGCCUGGAGCCCCACAGCUGUCAGCUUCAGGAGGAGAUGGCUCAGUUAGCAGACUGCGCCCUUCCCCCUGAACUAAGAGUCGGAUUUGGUGAACUUCCCUUUAACAGAGUGGACCACUUCCCUACUUAUCCUGACAUCUGCUUCAGAGUCGACGGUUACAAUUUCUUGUGUCAUAAGGCAUUUUUCUGCGGGCGUAGUGAUUAUUUCAAAGCCUUCCUGGAGGAUCACUUCAGUGAAGGAGGGAAGCUGCAGUCCCAGCCCAGCACCCCAGUGAUUACUUUACACAACAUUUCCCAUGAAAUAUUUAUCCACGUCAUGUAUUACAUCUACACCGAUGGCACGGAGGUAACAACAGAGAACGUGUUUGACGUGCUCUGCGUGGCUGACAUGUAUCUGCUGCCGGGGCUGAAGCGCCUUUGCGGGAAGACACUCGCUAAGACUAUUUGUGAGGACAACGUCCUCUGCAUGUGGAAGACGGCAAAGCUUUUCCGUCUCUCUCGCCUCGAGGAUCAGUGCAAAGAGUUUAUGGCCAAGAUCAUAGAUCGGCUGGUGGAGCAGGCUGAGUUUGCCGAGAUCAUUAAAGAGGACGCGGAGUCUUUGGAGGACCGGCAGGAGACAGAUUCCGUCCCCCUGGUGGACGACAUCCGCUACCACAUCACCAGCAACGUGCAGACUUACAGCGCGAUCGAGGAGGCUAAUCAGAAGCUGGAGGCCCUGGAGGAGCUGCUCUCCAGCAUUGAUAUUGAUUGCUAAGGGGUCUGCAGGGGGCGGAUUGUAGCUGGUGGUACAAACAUCUGUCGGGAGAAAAACAUACGCAUCUGUAUGUUUGUAGGUCUUUUAUUUACAGUAUAUUGUAAAGAAAAAAAUAUGUACAGGGGUUUUGAGGAAACUGGAUUAUAUAGUUACAUCUGAAUAUCUUUGAAUUGCACAUGCAUGAAUUUUUUUUUAGUCACUUUUUGUAGCUGCUAGACUUAAACUGGUGAUUUCGCUAUUUUAAAAUGUACUUUUGCCCCAGUAAGGUUCAGCACAGGCCCUCACAUCAAACUCCAUGAACUAGUUGUUUUAUGCUACUGGCAUGCACUUGAUAACUAUGAAAAAAAAAAAAAACGUCUGUCACUUCAUUCAUCCAGAAAAUACUUUUAACCUCUAACUCCUUAUUUGAAGUUACAUAGAAUAUUGUUUAAUUAUGUAUUUCAUGCACAGAAGCAUGCAACUUUUAUUUUGGAUUUAGUGGCAGAAUCCCACCUCACUAUUCGACCUGCAACAUUCCUCCGCCGUGAGUGCUGAAGACUUGUCGUCCUCUAACAUUUUCCUGCUGUUUGUCAAAAUCUGACAUGGAAAAACACUUUGUGCUGCCCUGUAUGACAGCAAACCUCUCUUGCCUAGUGUGUGCACAAGAAAAUAAAGUUGCUAGAAAACUGCUUGCAUGUAAAAUCCACCACCAACACAACUUAUUUGUUUUUAUUUAUCUGUUUAUUGCUCAGUAAAACAAAUAACUGCUCUUGGUUUUGGCAAUUAAACGUGGUAUUGCAAGCACAA